AUGCUCCGUACUGGCUUGUCCCGUGCUGCGAUCCAAAUCCGGGCCGCAAGCUCAAUACCACCACCGAUAAGAAAUAUCAAGCCGGAGUAUACCAAGAUGUUCAUUAACAACGAAUGGGUAGACGCAGUCAGCAAAAAGACGUACGAUACGAUCAAUCCAGCAGACAAGAGUAUGAUUGCGAAAGUCGCCGAAGGUGACAAGGCAGACGUUGAUAAAGCUGUGAAGGCAGCUUCCGAUGCCUUCCGACUUGGAUCUCCAUGGCGCCGUAUGGAUGCCGCACAGAGGGGUAUUCUACUGCAGAAGUUGGCAGAUCUCAUAGAACGAGACCGUGUUUAUCUCGCUUCACUGGAAACUCUCGACAAUGGAAAACCGUACCGUGACUCUUAUCUGAUGGACUUGCCCUUGACAAUUGGCGCCUAUAGAUACUAUGCUGGGUGGGCAGACAAAAAUCAAGGAAAGACGAUCCCAAUCAGCGGUGAUUACUUCACCUAUACGAGACAUGAACCGGUUGGGGUCUGCGGACAGGUUAUCGCGUGGACUUUUCCUUUGGUGAUGCAAGCCUUCAAGAUUGCACCUGCACUAGCGAUGGGCAACACUGUCGUGUUGAAAUGUGCACAAUAUACUCCUCUGUCUGGCCUUCAUGUAGCUAAACUCAUCAAAGAGGCAGGCUUUCCUGAAGGAGUUGUGAACAUUGUUCUUGGAUCAGGAUCAACUGUUGGAAACGCUAUCUGCAGCCAUAUGAACAUAGAUAAAGCCUCAUUCACUGGAUCGACUAUGAUUGGAAAAGCUGUAAUGGUUGCAGCGGCUCAAAGUAAUGUAAAGAGGAUUAAUCUCGAACUGGGAGGCAAGAGUCCAAACAUCAUAUUCGCCGAUGCUGAUUUGGAUUUUGCUGCUAAGCAGGCACAUAUUGGCAAUUACACCAAUCAGGGACAAUUUUGUUGCGGUGGAACUCGUGUCUUUGUGGAGGGAAAGGUCUACGAUGAGUUUGUCGCUAGAUCCAAGGAAUUGGCUGAGAAACGUGUACUUGGUGAUCCUUUUGACCUGAAGACUGAACAAGGCCCUCAGGUCAGCAAUGCCGAAUUCAACACCGUUGAACGUUAUGUGGAUAUUGGAAAGAAGGAGGGUGCUCAGCUGGUAACUGGUGGCAAGAGAUGGGGUGACAAAGGUUUUUUCUAUGAGCCGACGAUUUUCGCAAACGUGAAGGACGAAAUGAAGAUAGCCCAGGAAGAGAUAUUCGGUCCAGUUAUGAGCAUAUUGCGCUUCGAUACAAUGGAAGAUCUUGUUGACAUUGCAAACAACACUAUCUACGGGCUGGCAGCCGGUGUUGUUACCAAGGAUCUUGACAAAGCCCUUUAUGUAGCCAACAAUAUCCGAGCAGGAACCGUUUGGGUGAACUGCUAUCAUGUGUUGGACGCUACGGCACCAUUUGGAGGCUACAAGCAAUCAGGUUUCGGUCGUGAAAUGGGUGAGUACGCGCUUGAAGAGUAUACCCAAGUGAAGACAGUGACAAUAAAAGUGCCUCAAAAGAAUUCAUAA